AUGAUUUGUUUCUCAAAGAACUUACGAGAAGUGAAGACGGGCCGUUACCAUGUUGGUCUUCCAUGGACUUGUAUUAACCCAAACAUUCCUUCAAAUAGAAAUGAAGCAGAAAGAAGGUUGUUUAGCACUACAAGAAGACUGAAGAAGUUAAGUAAAUUUGAAGAUUAUGACCUAGUCUUUAAAGAAUGGCAAAAAGAGAAUGUCAUACAGGAAGUCUCAAAAAGGGAACUAGAAGAAGUAGGAGGCCAUUACUUGUGUCACCAUCCAGUUAUUAAGCCAGAGAGUGCUACUACGUCUAUCAGACUAGUGUUUGACGCCUCGUGCAAAGUUGGAAGAGCACCAUCCCUAAAUGACUGUCUCUUCAAAGGACCAAAUUUGAUAAAAGAAAUUCCCGCUAUAUUAUUGAGAUUCCGAGAAAAGGUUAUUGCUGUUGUAUCUGACAUCAGAAGAGCCUUUCUCCAAAUUGAAGGAAGAAGAUCGCCAAUUUUUGAGAUUUUUAUGGUGGGAGAAGGCAAAUAA